AUGGAGAGUCGGAGACAGGAGGAAGGAAUGCUGAAGCAAACUCUAAUCGAAAAUUGCAAACGCCAUUUAGUGCGUGCAAACUAUGACCUCCAGGAUAAUCUUGUGCUCGCGAAAUGGUGGACGACUUUUAGCAUGAAAGCUGCCCGCCAGAAUCAAAUCGAUGAAGCGGAGGACUGCGAACGAAGAGCGAUCAAGCACCGCGAAGCAAACGAAAUCAUCGCAUCAGAUGCAAGGAAGGACUCGAGAUCAAACUCAAAUGAGGCGUCGCAUACGGCUCUUCAAGUUCAACAUGGUCGACAACCGAGGAGAAGUAUACUACGGCAAGAGAUGAAGUGUGACUUCCUCCCCUCAGACAGUGGCAGAGAGGUCCCGAAAGUCCGCUUGGUUAAUUUGUACGCGAAUGGUGACGUUGAAGAGGGAGAAGUUGUCAAUGACCCAAGAAAGGUUCUACAGCAUCACUAUAAAGCCUAUCGAGACAUCAGUGAAGCAGUACAUGCACUUUCGACAAUUAGAACUCUUUUCUAUGUUGAGGCUCUUAAAUCCACAAACAACCCCUACAAUACGCCGGACUGA